AACCAAUCAAACAUGGCCUGGAAGGUGAACGAAGUGGAGCCGACGCCGCGGCACUUCGGCGACCGCCUGACCUUCCAUGCGAUCUCAUUCCCGGCAAAGCAUGGCGACCGCGUCAUGAAGUGCCUCGUGAAGACGACACUGUCUCUACGAGACAUGGGGUACGUCCAUCUCAAGCGCAUAAAGAAGAGUGCCGACGGCACGCUGGUCGCACUCGUGUCUGUGGACGCCGACGUCCUCGCCGUGGUCCUUGCCGCCUUGCACGAUGUCGACGGUCUUUCUCCCUGUAUGAUAGACGUUCCGAAACACACUGCGUUGUCCAAGGAAGAGUUCCAUGCUGGCAACGCCGUCUGGCCCAUGGUGUUCCACGUGCAUCCCACGACCACGCAACUCUCCGCGGACGACGCCGACGUCUUUAUAUCAACAAUGCGAUCCCUUGUUCAGGGCAAGAUCAUGUCAACAGCAGACGUUGGAUGUGCCGCGUCCCAUUGCCUCGUCGUACAUCCCCACACUCCAUCGGACGUUGUCGCAUCGACCUUGGACGAGCCGCCAUCGACCUCGAAGAAUCCGCUCAUGAAGCACGCCGUCCUGCGGGUGUUGGAUGCCGUCGCCGCCCGGCAAGCCGCGGCACCUUCUUCGUCCUCCAAUGCAUAUCUGUGCACAGGACUCGACGUGUUCGUCGCCAUCGAGCCUUGCGCCAUGUGCGCCAUGGCACUGGUUCACGCCCGCGUGGGCAGAGUCAUCUACCAUCGCGCCAACCCCGUCACGGGCGCAUUGGGGUCUCGGUAUUCGCUGCACGGACAACCGUCGUUGAACCAUCGGUACCGUGUGUUUCAUGUCCAACCGGACACUCCCACUGUAUGAAAAUUCCUUAUGUGGAUAAUAAUAAUAAACCGUCCAACAA